AUGACAAACGGAUAUGCAAAUAGAUCUCUGGCUAUUUUUGAAGAGCCAAUACAUCCACUUUCACAAGAGAAGUUUCCAGGGAAAUCGUUUGAGGAUGAUCCCAAACGCGACUGUAUUUUCAGAUAUUUCUGUACUCUUUUUCAAAUCAUAAAACUAACAGCUCCGUGUGCAAUCGUAGCUUUGGUGUACAUUGAACGACUUUUAACUAGUGCUAACAUCGAUCUUUGUCCUACUAAUUGGAAAAAGAUUGUCCUCGGAGCCAUGCGUCUUGCCUCCAAGGUUUGGAGAAACCGUGGUCUGUGGAGUGAGGAUGACAGCCAGAAUCCCCAGGACGUUGCAGUUGAGAACAUGAGCAAGAUGGAGAAGUGUUUUUUGGAGCUACUUGAGUUUAAUAUUCAUGUGUCUGCCAGUGUUUAUGUAAAAUAUUACUUUGACCUGCGUGCCUUGGCAAAUGACCAUGACGUGUAUUUUCUAUUUCAUUUUCUUCACAAAGAUAAAGCCCAGAGACUGGAGGCUAUGUCACGGCCGUGUGAAUACAAAGACUUACAUCAAGAUGCCGCUGCUAUGAAAAGGGCGAUCAGCAUGAAUUUCAUUGGUAUUCGGUGCUCUAAUGCCAUCUUAUCUUAAAGAGAGAAAUUAGCCUUAUAAGAUCCUGAACUUCUCAACUAUAAAGACAAGAAAAUACUUGUCCUGCUGAAACAAAAAUUAGGAUUUUCUUUUU